GUGAUCAGCAUGCCCUCGCUGCUGCCCUCCGUCAUGCAGUGGGUGUGGCUCCUACCUCACUUCAUCCUGGACCACCUGAUGACCUCCCUCGCCGCCCUGCUCACUCGCCUGGUGCUGCUGGUGUGGCCCGAGGGGGCACCCGGCAUACCGCUGCUCGCACCACCAGCAGCAGCAGCAGCAGCAACCGCGCAGCCCGCUGCCGCUGCCACCUCACCCACGUCACCAACCGCCGCCGCCGGGGCUGCCAUCACCGCCGCCGCAAACACAGCGCUCGACCCAGAUCGGGAACACCUCAACAUCAGUCCCUCCGGCGCUCCCGGCGGCAGCAGCUCCCGACCGCCCCCUCCUGCUGCUGCUGCUGCUGCUGCUGGCGGCUCCGAGGCCGCCCCUGCCACCACCACCACCACCACCGCCCAUGCAGCACCUGCCGUCGCCUCCGCGGGGCCUCUGGCGGUGUGCCAGCUCUCGUUGCCCAACCGCCACCUGCGCCAGACCUUCACCAACCUAUUCGCCGCGCUGGCCUCGGGCAUGGCUGACCCGCGGCUGGCGGCGCUGCUGCGCGGCCGCACCAUACCACCCUCCCUGCCGCCCUCCUCCUCGGCUGCUGCCGCCACCGCCCUUCCUUCCCGCAGGAGCAGCAGCCCUGCAGCCGCGGACCCACACCCAGAUGGCCAGCGCGACGAGGAGGACUGCAUGGCGGUAGACGGGGCAGCUGAGCGGGGUGCAGCAGCAGCUGCAGCAGCAGCGGGCGUUAGCGUCACUACCGCAGGCGGGGAACAGGAUGAGGAGGAGGAAUGUCAGCUGCCGCCCACGUCGCUGCCUGCCCGGCUGGUUCGUGUGGUGGAGGAGGGGCGGUCGGACGAGGUGGAGUGCAAAGUGGCGUUGGAGCUGAUGGAGGAGAUGUUUGCGGCGUGUGAGGCAGCUGCUGCUGCGGCUGCUGCAGCUGGGGGCGCGGGGGAAGCAGCAGCAGCAGGCGGGCUGGCGGCAGCUGCUGCUGGCAGAGGUAUGGAUGGGGAUGUGGAGCAGCAGCAGCAGGAGGAGGAGGAGGAGGAGGUGCCGGAUCUGGCGGGUGACGCGCUGGCUGCGGGGCUGCUGCGCGCGCUGGGCGGUGUGGGGGUGUUCCCUGCGCUGAUGACGGAGGCGGGGGCGGCGGGGCUGGCAGCUUACGUCAGGCUCACCGUGCGGCUGGUCCGGCUGGCCGCCCUGUCGCCCCCCUCGGGCGGCUGCACCCCCUUGGCUCCCCGGCUGCGUGAGAGCGGGGUGCCAGCCUCGGUGGCCUACGUCGCCUUCUGGCCGCCCACCCGCCCCUCGCUCAAACUGGAAGCGCUGCAGGCGCUGCUGCAGCUGGUGAGUCUGGACAGGUCCAUGGCGGCUGCGGUGGCGGCCAUGCCCAACUUCCCCAUCGCGCUGUCCAACAUGCUGCUGGGCGGGGACCCUGACACACGCAAGCCGGGGGCGGCCAAGCCCUCCCAGACAAAAAAACCCAAGAAGAAGGGCUCCGCUGCGGCCACUGCGGCCGCUGCCGGUGGAGGCGGGGUUGGCGGUGCGGAGGGUGGUGGCGGUGGCGGUGGUGGUGGCAGUGCGGGCGGAGGCGGGGGGCGCACCGCCCUGACCAUCCGGGAGGACCUGCAGAAGACGGCGCUGGCCAUCCUGUGUGUGGUGCUAGAGGUGGCGGUGGAGGAGGAGAAGGUGUGGCACCCGCUGGUGGAGUCCGGCAUGCUGCCCCGCCUGCUGCAGCACUGCCCCGCCUUCCCCAUGCAGCCCGGCCUGCUGGUGGGGCUGCUGGACGCACUCAGAUCCACACUCACAGGCCGCCACCCAAGACAUGACGGCAGCGACGACAGCGACGGCGAUGACGGUGGUAAUGAAGACGGCGGCGCUGCUGCUGCUGACGUGGUGACGCUGGGAGCGCUGCAGGCUGCCUGCGCGCCGUACGUGCUGCCACUGCUGCAGCACGGCGACCCAUGGGUCGCUGCCAGCGCCGCUGCGCUGCUUCUGGGGCUGCUGCGAGACAUGGAGCGCUACCGGCGCACUGUGGAGGAUUUGGAGCAGGGGAAUGAGAUCCUGCGAGCGCUGGUGGCGGCGGGGGCGGCGGCGGUGGAUGGAGCGGAUGAGGUGGCGGCGACGAGGGCUGCUGCUGCUGCUGUCGCCGCGGCGGCGGCGACAGCGAAGGGAACAAGGGAGUCCUCUCCCGCCGCCGCCGCCACCUCCGGUGCCGCCGCUGCUUCUGAUGGUGG